GAGAAUGAAUGUUUUCAAGAAGCACUACAAACCACUCAGCGUAAAUUGCUGAAGGCAUCCAGAGACAAGAGCUUUCUCUUGGACAGGCUUCUCACAUAUGAGAAAGUAGAUGUUUCCUCCUCUGAUGAUGAUGAUACCGAGUCCUCAGACAAUGGAGAACCACCCCAAGACCUGAAAAGGAAAAAAAUGGAUCAUGGACCUCAUAUCUAUGGCAGUGCAUCAUCAGGCAACUCAUCCAAAUCAGUGCCAGCCAAAAAGAGACGCAUACCUCAACGUCCACCAAAGCAGAACACAGCGCCACAACUUUCUUCCCUUCUGAGCAGUGAAGGACUUGGUGAUGGGCAUAUGACCCCUGAAGAGGUUGAGCGCCAUCUUGAAUCGCAGCAAGGGCAUAUGGAAUUGAUUCCUAGUAAGGUUCCUUCAACUGUUCCUCCAGAUUUAUUCAGCAAUGACCCUUCUUUUGACAGCGAACUGAAUGAAGUGUACUGUGAGCUUGAUACAUCUCCGAACGACAUAGCUGAUGAAUGUUUAACUGUUGACAUGAUGCCAGAUUAAAUGAGAGGAGGAUUCCGUCAUUCCUUUGAAAAUGUACUGUUGAUGUGUCUCUAUCUUUUAUCCUCAUUUGUCUUCAAUGUCAGUAUUUUUGUAUCGCUGAACAGUUAAUGUGUUUUUUCUCCUAAUUGUAGCUGAGGUCAAGAUGAUCGCUACAUUUUUUGUUGCAUUUGGAUACAAAGUUUUCUUGUCAACCGGAACAGAUCUAUUCCCCUGUUACAUUCUAGUCCUGCAGUUUUCUGUAAUUUUUUUCAUGUAAGGAGAUUUAGUUUUUGGACACUAAAAAUUGAACUGUGUUGUUUCUCUUCCCCAGCCAGCAUUACAAUUAAAGUAGGUACUUAUAUGGCCAGAAAAAUUUGUUUUGAAAGCAAAUAUCAAUGCAAACUGGAAGAAAAUCACAUUGUACAGUAUUAUUUAUUUUUUAAGACAUUCAUAAAUUAUAAUUCUUUGACCUGUGGAAAGA